AUGGCUAACGGGUGCUCUAUAAACACUACCGAUUUAGAGUUUCUCCCAGCCGACACGAAUUCGUCUCUGCUUCAAGUAUCGCGAUGGAUGAACUUUUGCCGAACGGUAUACGUUGAAAAGUGCGACUUGUACUCAAUGAAUCCUCCUCCAAGAGAUAUUCCGGCAAUGUUUAUGAACGCCUCGUAUGAUGACUGUUUUAACACCCGAACUCUUGUCGUCUACUGCAUAUCCAUCGUCCUGAGUUCGGCAAUUAUCUGCACAAACUCCGCCAUUCUAAUAGUUUUCAUGCGUUAUAGAAGUUUAAGAACUUGCUCAAACGUUCCAAUCAUGAGUCUAGCAAUAUCGGAUUUCCUUACCGGCGUAGCAUUUACAUACUCCUCAAUUUGGAAUUUGGUGUUACUUACUACCGGCUACUCAUUCGACAUUCAAAAGACGAUAGCGUACGUACGUAUGCGCACUAAUUACUUCCUGUGUUUAACCCUGGACGGGACAGGGUUGCUUUUCACCUGUUUGAUGUCGUCGGUUUUGACACUGGGCGUGAUUGCGAUAGAGCGACAUAUUGGGGUGUUUUAUCCCUUCAAGUACACAGAAUGGAUCACUACUCGGCGAAUGAUUAGAGUCAUCAUCGCAGUUUGGGCUGUGUCGCUCAUCGUUGGCGUCUUGCCAUUGUGUGGCUGGAACAAGUGGGCCGACAAAUGUCAGCUAACGGAGGUGUUGGACUAUUCGUAUAUCGUUAUGUGGACGUCCAUUUGUUUCAUGAGUGGUAUCCUCAUGUUGUACAUCUAUUUGAGAAUAUUCAUUCUCUCCCAGAAGCACAGUCGCCAAAUUGCAGCCGUACAAAUAUCCUCUUGUUCUGUUACUGGACCGAGUACGUUAGUUAAUGAUAUGGCUUCAUCGGCAGCAAGAGAAUCAUUGUCUGAUGAGCAACACGCUCCAAAGACAACUAACGAUGAAGAAGUUGAAAGCCCAAAAGCAUCAGAGACUGAUGUCGAAACAGGGAACAUACUUAUAUCGAUUCAGGGAUUAAAGAAGACCAUGUUUAUCAUCCCGUCAAAAGAAGAAAAUCCUGAACAGACCACAGAUCAACGUAUAGAAGACCCUGCACUGCAACCUACAUCCCCGACGUCACAGGAAUUACCAAAUCCCUCUGUAGUACCCGAAAGACGGCCCAGUAUUCGUCAUAAACCCAGCAGGCGCGCGCUAGUGACCACGACGGUCAUCCUUGGCGCGUUCUAUUUGUGCUGGUCUCCACUGUUGGUGUUUCUUGUCGCCUUCGAUAAGGUUACGGUAACAAUGAACCUGACUGUUUACUACCUUGCCGUGGUCACACAAUUAAACUCGAUAUUCAACCCCGUUUUGUAUGGUAUCAGGAAUCCCGAUAUCAGAGAGGCGCUCCUGAAAUUGUUCCACUGUCGAAACUGAAACGGUGUAUGUACAAGUAAAGACUCUUCAUAAGAGCCAAAUUUAUACCAGCCCACUGUAGAAAGGUUUGCACAAAGACACACAAGUGAAAAAUGUAACUUGGACAGGGAAUAAGUGAUAAUCACAUGUAUGGUGAGAUAUGUGAACCUACAUCACGUUUGUCGUUGGAGGUUUGUCAGUGAGGCUAGAGGUCAAAGGUGUGGAAAUCCAGACGGCAAGUCCGCAAAAUCAAAACGGGCUUACAGGUAUAUUACCAUAUUGCCGAAGAGGUGCACUUCAUCCCUAAUUAAAACGAUUCAGCAAAUUGAUAUCGGGUCAUUUUAAAAGAUCAUGAAUUAAGUGUAUACAGUGUACAUUAUCAAUCGGUGCUACUAGUUAUAAGAACGUGGCAUUACCUACAACCGCGUCUUCGUGUCAGCUUAACGUUUCCGGUCCACAGCUAAACAAAACUUUAUUUUCGCAGUUUGUAAAGCCAGUGAUCUUGGGAGUGAAGAAAUCGGUCGGAACCUCUAAAUUAAAAGUUGUACAUGUAAAUACAGAUGAACUCAUGAGAAUAUUAUUAUUUAGUAAGGAAUUAAUCAGUGAAAAUGGUAUCAACUGUUUGACGGCCGAAACUGUUUUUGUGUAUGCACUCACUCAAACCCUUCUCGUCUUGGUUGUACAUGUAUCAUAAGAUGAAACAUCUAAAAUCCUAAGGUAAAAACAUCAGUAACUUAAAUCAAAUCCUGUCUUCAUGGUGUGUAUAUUUGCUUGACAACACGAAGAUUUAGGGAUAGUACAGUAGUGAAUAUAAUUAUAUAGCAUGUGACCAGUCGAAGCCUGGUGAAAUUCCU